UGGGGCGAUCCGCGGCGAACCCUAAGAGACUGUGGCGUUGGCAACGGGAGCGCCGGGCAAGGACGCGGGAUAAAUGCUAAACCCAAGCUCAGACGCACAAAACUGGAGAGCAGUUGGAGGGAACGAGGUCAGACCCUAGAGCUCUGUCCUCGUGGCGUUCGUUGGUUCUUCAAAACCUCCGAGCAGAAAAGGGAGCCAGCGUUUAAGCAGAGGAUCUUGAGAUCCCGAGUCCCUACUUCUCCACGUCCUGUGAAUGUGUGACUCAGUUCACCUAUUUGUAAAGUGGGACAAUUAAUUCCCGCCUCGUGGAUAGAGAAACUCUGAAGCGGAACGAGAAGGCCGCGUGCUCCCAGCGGAGGCUGCCAGCCCCAACCCGGCCGGGAGCAUCUUCCUGCACCGCAGACCGUUUUCUGGGGCGGAGUCUUCGUUCUUUUCCGCACUUGGGAAUUUAGAACGGACCCUUGGCCGCUGGUUCCAGACCGCCUCGGCUGGGGGCGUAUCCGGAAGUGUCCCUACGGAAGCCGGCGGGUCCGCGCGCGGCACCUCACCAUGGGGACCGCGGCGGCUCCGCGGCGCUUCUGCCGCUGCGCCUGCUUCUGCUCCGAGAACUUGUACGUGGCGCGCUACGGCCUGCACGUGCGCUUCCGGAGCGAGCAGCAGCUGCGCCAGGACUACGGCCCCGUCCUGCGCAGCCGAGGCUGUGUCAGCCCCAAGGACUUCCAGCAGCUGUUGGGAGAGCUUGAGAAGGAGGUGGAGCGGCGGCAGCGGCUGGGGCAGGAGUCGGCUGCCAGGAAGGCCCUCAUUGCGAGCUCCUAUCACCCAGCACGGCCCGAUGUCUACAACUCGCUGCAGGAUGUGGCUCUGGCCCCCGAGUUUCUGGCCGCAGUUGAGUACAGCACAUCGCCAGGUGCAGACCUCCAGGGCCUUCUCCAGCGGCUGGAGACAGUUUCGGAGGAGAAGCGUAUCUACCGGCUGCCGGUGUUCACAGCGCCGUUCUGCCAGGCCCUGCUGGAGGAGCUGGAGCACUUCGAGCAGUCGGACAUGCCCAAGGGAAGACCCAACACCAUGAACAACUACGGGGUGCUGCUACACGAGCUGGGCCUGGAUGAGCCACUGGUGACGCCACUGAGGGAGCGCUUCCUGCAGCCGCUGAUGGCCCUGCUGUACCCAGAGUACAGGGGCUGGCUGGACACCCACCGCGCCUUCGUGGUCAAAUACGCUCCAGGCCAGGAUCGCGAGCUGGGCUGCCACUACGAUAACGCCGAGCUCACCCUCAACGUGGCCCUGGGCAAGGCCUUCACGGGGGGCGCCCUCUACUUUGGGGACCUCUUCCAGGCGCCUUCGGCCCUGGCCCACCCCCUGGAGGUGGAGCAUGUGGUGGGCCAGGGCAUCCUGCACCGGGGGGGCCAGCUGCACGGGGCCCGGCCCCUGGGCACUGGUGAGCGCUGGAACCUGGUCGUCUGGCUCCGCGCCUCUGCUGUGCGCAACCGCCUCUGCCCCAUGUGCUGCCGCAAGCCCGACCUGGUGGAUGAUGAGGGCUUCGGCGACGGCUUCACCCGCGAGGAGCCCGCCACGGUGGAUGUGUGUGCACUGACUUGAGCCUGGCUGGGGUCAGUGUGGGGGGGGUGAGGGGCAGAAAUAAACACCCUGCAGCCCUCAGCACAUCUGGUUCAAAAGGACACACAA